AACCUACCGAUUCACCUAUAAUUAAGUGUGGUUUUAUUGCACUCAGGGUCCCUCUUUCUUGGGCUUAGUCUCGUAACCCAUCACUAUCACGUCUGAAAGUCAAUGCCUUGGUCACUUGUUAGAAAGAAUGUGUCUGGAGCUAUCGGGCGAAGACAGAGUUUCUAUCAGAAAUGGAAGGGUUCCCCUCAGAUUCUGUUAUUCCAGUCUUCAUAGAAGUUUCCCAAUAAGGAAACCAAGCUUCACUACUAAUCUAACACGCACCUUCCAACUCCGGACUAUAGAACUUUUAGUUGAAUCACCACCUUCACCUAGUCCAAACCUAACAGUCUCUGAUCGACCCAAGCUCCAAAUUUCCCAACCUUCUACUUUCCCCAGUAUCCCCACAUAUGAAACCAUCACCUGGCCAAAGCCAUGUAUAUAAAGACAAGAAAAGACCCAGAUGGAGACACAAGCAGCUUGCUACUGAACUUUGGGGCAGAGAUGGAAGAUCAGCAACCAAGUCUAAGCCCGGCAGCGCGUCUGUUUCACUCACCAAAGUUCAGCUGCUAUAUUGUCAUAAGAAUGGGGUGCAGCAUCAGGAUCCAUCCUGAAGUAAUCAGCGCCGGCUUGAAGGAAACCUUGUAUAAGCAUCCUCGCUUCUCUAGCAAAAUGGUGAAGGAUAGAAACUUAUGUGGUAAAAAGAGAUGGAUACAAGUUCCAAUAAAUAUGGAGGACCAUGUUAUUGUUCCAAACAUGGAUUCAGAUAUGGAGGAUGCUGACCAAUUUGUCAGAGACUACAUUUCCCACCUUACCAAAAGCCCUCUUGACCUUUCCAAGCCACUAUGGGAAGUCCAUAUCCUCAAUGUCAAAACAUCUGAUGCAGAAGCUGUUGCAGUGAUUCGGAUUCACCACUCGAUUGGGGAUGGCGCAUCCCUCAUGUCACUUCUACUAGCUUGUACCAGAAAAACAUCGGACCCGGAUGCAUUGCCUAGUGUUCCAACCAAGAGGAAACAUGAGGAUAGUUCUUCAAGUGAAUCGAGCGUGUUCUGGUGGUUGUUAUUGGCUAUUUGGUCAGCAGUAACAUUGAUAGGGAACACUCUUGUUGAUAUUGUGCUGUUUGUAGCCACUAUUCUGGUUUUGAAAGACACAAAGACUCCUAUUAAAGGUCCACCUGGGGUUGAGCUUACUGCCAAGCGCUUCUUGCAUCGAACAGUUAGUUUUGAUCACAUCAAACAAGUGAAGAAUGCUAUGAACAUGACCAUCAAUGAUGUUGUAUUAGGAGUGACACAGGCGGGUCUAUCGCGAUAUUUGAACUGCAGAUAUGCAGCAGGUGAAAAUGAGAAAGAUGAGGGAGCAAAGAAGAAGGGACAUAAUCUACCAAAAAGUAUCCGCCUUAGAGCAAAUGUUCUCGUUAAUUUACGACCAGCUGUUGGGAUCCAGGAACUGGCCGAUAUGAUGGCUAAGAAGUCCAAGACCAAGUGGGGUAAUAGGAUUGGAUAUGUCCUGGUACCCUUCACCAUUGCUCUACAAGAUGACCCUUUGGAUUAUGUUCGUGGAGCCAAGUUGCUUAUGGAUCGGAAAAAGCACUCAUUAGAAGCAUUUUGCACAUACUUAAGUGCCAAUCUUUUAACCAAACUAAUCGGAGCAAAGGGAGCUGGAGCAGUAGCACACAGAGUUCUUUGUAAUUCCACAUUAGCAUUCACAAACUUGAUUGGUCCCCUCGAAGAAAUUAGCUAUUACGGGCAUCCAAUUACUUACAUUGCUCCUAAUGUUUACGGCCAUCCACAUGCAUUGCACAUGCAUUUUCAAAGCUAUGUUGACAAAAUGACUAUUAGCUUAGCCUUUGACCCCGAUUUAAUCCCUGAUCCUGAAAAGUUGUUGGAUGAUUUAGAAGAAUCACUCAAACUCAUUCGCGAUGCUGUUGUCGAAAAGGAGCUCAACAUUGCCAAGGAAGGAAGAAGCAGCUGUGUUUAGCCAAAUGAGUCCCAGAGAUUUGCAACAUUUUUUCUGCCCAAGUAUAGUUCUAUGUAGGCAUUGUCGAUUAUCUAUAUCCAUGGUUUAGGUUCUUUUCUUAUUGUUGCAUUAGAUAAGCAACAUGAAUGUGAGUUUCAAACUAAAACAAAGGUUUAUGAAUUUGCAAAUGGCAUGUGUAUGUAUUAACAAAAAGAACCUCUACGCUGUACUGCAUCAUAGAAACUUGAAUCAAUCUUGCAUCAAAUA